AUGAAUGAUAUAUGUCGUCGUCGAAUUAGCACAAUUGUGCAUUUUCUAAUUGGCGAUGAAAUUUGGACAUUAUAUCAUUUUGUUAUUUUCUCAUUUACAUUUAUAAGUUAUGCAUUAGUGCAUGCCUCACGUAAAACGUUAAGCACGGUAAAACCAUCACUUAUCAUCGAAUGGACUGAUAAUAGCAGCGGUGAGCAACCAUUAUUUCCUGAUAAACAUGCAGCAGAAGGAUUCUUAGCAUUCCUUGAUGGUGCAUUCCUUGGCGCAUAUGCUUUGGGCCUUUAUGCAGGUGGUACAUUAGGUGAUCGUUAUAACCCGGCAAAAGUACUUGCUUUUGGCAUGUGGACAUCAUCAGUUACCAUAUUUUUGUUUGGAAUACUAAAAUGGUCACCGUUUCAUUCACCUGUAUAUUAUGCCGCAACGUGGAUUGCAUGUGGUUUAUUUCAGUCUGUUGCUUGGCCUACCGAAGUGUCUAUUAUGGGUAAUUGGUUUGGGCAUAAUAGUCGUGGUGCUGUAAUGGGACUUUGGUCAGCAUGUGCUUCAGUUGGAAAUAUAGUGGGCACAUUAGUUUCAUCUCAUACCGUACAGUUAGGAUACGAGUAUUCGUUUGCUGCAAAUGCAUGUUCGCUUUUUUUUGGAGGAUUUUUCAUCUUUUAUCUUUUGCCGUUACGAACGAUACACGAGUUCGAAGCAGUAGUUUCUGUUACGGAUAAUGUGGAACGACCAAAAGCAAUCAGUUUUUGGCAAGCUUGGCGUCUUCCAGGUGUUAUUGCGUACUCUCUAGCAUAUGCAUGCCUCAAGUUAGUUAAUUAUUCAUUUUUCUUCUGGUUACCAUUCUAUCUUCAUACUCAUUACGGGUGGAAAGAAUCGGUUGCUGAUGAGUUAUCAGCGUGGUACGAUAUAGGUGGUAUUAUUGCUGCAGUUGUUGCUGGUAUUGCUUCUGAUCAUUUCUCGUCACGUACUCCAAUUUUAAUAUUUAUGCUAAUUUUUUCAAUGGGAUCCCUGUUUGCUUAUGCUAAUUCACCAGACAAUAUUUUGAUGAAUUCAUUCCUAAUGGCAUUAACGGGGUUUUUUAUUGGUGGGCCAGCUAAUCUAAUAUCAUCUGCUGUUUCUGCUGAUCUUGGGAACGCUGAGCAAAUUAGAGGAUCAUCGGAAGCGCUGAGUACAGUUACAGGUAUUAUUGAUGGAACUGGUAGUGUUGGUGCAGGAAUUGGUCAACUCCUUAUUCCAGAAAUUGAAGCUAUGUUUGGUUGGACAGCUGUAUUCUAUGGUUUUAUUAUUAUGAUGUUCUCUACGGUUUUAUGUUUGGCACCACUUUUGUGGAAAGAAAUGUCCAACAGACUAAAUCCUCGUUAUGUACAUUUACAUUCGGAGGACAGUAGUGGUUCGCUGGGAUCAUAUUCCGAUAAUAUCUCAGAUUCAGCUAUGAAUAGUUCACAAUUACCAAUUAGAGUCAGGCAUCGAAAUUCACCAGAUUAG